CUCUCUACUUCUCUUCCGCGUAGCUGCCAGCUUCCUCGCCACGGGUCUCUGACUGUGUGACACAUUGGACCCUCAAAAACACAUUCUUAUUCCUCACUUCACUCAAACCACUCACUGUGUGUAAAAAAGUAAAAAAAAAUCUAGAGCCCCUCAAGGUAUGUGAACGAAGUAUUACAGACAAAAAAGUGUAAAUUGGGUUUUGUUCGUAGAGUGAUGGCGAAGAGUGGUGUUUUGGAAGGCGGUCCAGGACUGGUGGCUAAGACCAUGGAAUUGAAGAGGGAAUUGCAUAAAUUGGUCAAGGUAAUUGUUGAUGACGAGGAUGUUAACUUGGAGGCAAUUGAUAAAGCCCAGCAAAUGCUCUCUGCUUUAAAGGAAUUGAAGAUGAAUAAGUAUCCAUCUCUAUAUUUUCAUAAUAAUUCUCGCCGUGAAGUUGUUUCUGGUGCGGUGCCUGAGGAAUUUAAGUGCCCACUUUCUAAAGAACUCAUGAGGGAUCCUGUUAUUGUUGCCACCGGACAGACUUAUGAUCGAUCCUUCAUUCAGAAAUGGUUAAAAUCUGGGAAUAGGACUUGCCCUAGAACCCAACAAGUACUAUCGCACACUAUCCUUACACCUAAUCACUUGAUUAAGGAAAUGAUAUCGCAAUGGUGCAAGAAUCACGGGAUUAGAUUGUCUGAUUCUGCUCAAUAUCUUGAUGAGGAUGCCUUAACCAGAGAUGACCGGGACCAGUUCCUUUCUUUGCUUGAGAAAAUGUCGUCAACAUUGUCUGAUCAAAAGGAAGCAGCAAGAGAGAUGCGGCUAUUGACAAAAAGAAUGCCUUCGUUCCGGGCACUUUUUGGUGAAUCUUGCAGUGCCAUACCUCAGCUGCUGUCCCCGCUAUCUCAAAGCAAAUCUCAAAAUGAGGUUCAACCGGACCUCCACGAAGAUAUAAUCACAACACUUUUGAAUCUCUCCAUUCACGACAACAAUAAAAAGCUCGUUGCAGAAACGCCCAUGGUUAUUCCGCUUCUUAUGGAUGCUUUGAGAUCAGGAACUAUCGGAACAAGGAGUAAUGCAGCUGCAGCCCUUUUCACCUUAUCGGCUCUUGACUCAAAUAAGGAGCUGAUUGGUAAAUCCGGUGCUUUGAAACCUCUCAUCGACUUAUUAGAAGAGGGGCAUCUUUUAGCCGUGAAAGAUGUUGCGUCGGCUAUUUUUAAUCUAUGUAUUCUUCACGAGAAUAAGUUGAGAGCUGUUAGAGAUGGUGCAGUUCGUGUUAUCCUAAAAAAGAUCAUGAAUCGAAUGCAUGUUGAUGAAUUAUUGUCAAUCCUCGCUAUGCUUUCAACGAGUCAAACAGCUGUCGAGCAAAUGGGAGAGCUCGGGGGAGUUGAAUGCUUGCUUAGCAUAAUCAGGGAGACGUCUUGUGCUCGAAACAAGGAGAAUUGCAUUGCAAUCCUUUUCACUAUUUGUCAUAGCGACCGAUCCAAGUGGAAGCAGGUAAGGGACGAGGAAAACACAUAUGGAACCAUCUCUAAGCUCGCUGAAAAUGGCUCAUCCAGAGCUAAGAGAAAGGCCAGUGGCAUACUUGAAAGACUGAACCGGGCAAUCAAUCUUACCCAUACUGCAUGAUGGUGGGUAUGACAGCACAUAUUCUGUAAAUUCUACAUAUUUUCAUUUUCCUUCAUCAUCGACAAUUGAGGUAUCUUGUUGUCAUUUUCGACGUUCAUUCUGUAUAUUUUAUUAUCUAAGCAGCAGGGCUUGAUACUAAGAGCACCUCCAAUUGUGGUGUAAAAUAGAUUAAAGUUAUGAAUUAAAUCUCCAAAGUGGCUGAAAACCUUCCCAACGGGGGGACGCAAAGGAAAUGCAAAUUGCAUAUUCUAACAUCUUUUUUUACAUCCACAAUAGACAAAAAGUGGAUUUAGCAGAAUUUGAAUUUAGAUCCGAAGGGAAGUAAAUGAGAAUGUAAAAGUGGUUUUGGAGAUACCAAUUUACACCCAAUUUCACACCACCAUUGGAUAUGCUUUAAGUAUAUGGUUUGUGCAUAAUACACCCAA